CUCGGGAGUGACAGCCCACAAGGCACGCCUCUCCGGUGCCCCGCCGCGUUCCCACUCCCGGCCAAAAGCCAGCCAGGCCCUUCCUACCUUUUCUCCGGAGCCGUUCCUGCCCCAGCCUUGGAGGGAUUCCCCACUAGGCCCCGCCCCGCUCCGGGCGACGCAGUGCCGGGCCCCGCCUGUCCCGACGUGGUCCGGCCCAGCCCGCGCACCCUGGAGUCAGGGCCCCGCCAGGCCCGCCACACCCAGCGCCCGGCGCGCCCUCCCUGCAGGCCUCGGCCCGCCCCCCGCCUCGAGCGUCCGCGGCUCUGCCUCCCCGUGGCGCCGGCCGUCGGGCCCGCCUCCGAAGACGUGGAGCGCCGCUGCGGCCGCACAUUUGUAAAAGAUGAAAGUGACCUUAUCAGCUUUGGAUACUUGUGAGAGUUCCUUCACACCUUUGGUGGUCCUAGAACUUGCUCAGGAUGUCAAAGAAGAAACCAAAGAAUGGCUGAAAAACAGAAUUAUCUCUAAAAAGGAAGAUGGAGGUGCCCAGCUGCUGUUUAGACCAUUGUUAAAUAAAUAUGAGAAAGAAACACUAGAAAAUCAGAACUUAUAUCUUGUUGGUGCCUCCAAGAUUACAUUGUUACUGGGUGCGGAAGCAAUGGGUCUGGUAAAAGAGUGUAAUGAUAACACUAUGAGAGCCUUCACAUAUGGAACCCGAUAUAACUUCAAAGAUUUUGAUGAUGACAAUGAUGACUUCCUCACGAUGGCAGAAUGUCAAUUCAUUAUCAAACAUGAACUCGAAAAUCUUAGAGCCAGAGAUGAAAAGAUGAUCCCUGGUUACCCCCAGGCAAAGCUGUAUCCAGGAAAGUCGUUAUUGAGAAGAUUGCUCACCUCUGGCAUCGUGAUUCAGGUGUUCCCGCUGCAUGAUAACGAAGCCUUGAAGAAACUGGAGGACACCUGGUACACUCGCUUUACUCUCAAGUAUCAGCCCAUAGACCAUAUUCGUGGCUACUUCGGGGAAACAAUUGCUCUUUACUUUGGAUUUUUGGAAUAUUUCACUGUUGCCUUAAUCCCCAUGGCGGUCAUUGGGUUACCUUACUACUUAUUUGUGUGGGAAGACUAUGACAAGUACGUGAUCUUCGCCUCCUUCAACCUCAUCUGGUCCACAGUGAUCCUGGAAGUGUGGAAGCGUGGCUGUGCCAAUAUGACCUACAGGUGGGGGACACUUGUCAUGAAGAGACAGUUUGAGGAGCCCCGGCCAGGAUUCCAUGGGGUCCUGGGUACCAAUCCCGUCACCGGCAGGAAGGAACCUCUGUACCCCAGCUACAAGAGGCAGUUGCGCAUUUACCUGGUCUCUCUGCCGUUUGUGUGCCUCUGCCUCUAUUUCUCUCUGUAUGUCAUGAUGAUUUACUUUGACAUGGAGGCCUGGGCCUUGAGUCUGCACGAGAAUAGUGGAUCCGAGUGGACCAGUGUCCUGUUGUAUGUGCCCAGCAUCAUCUAUGCCAUUGUGAUUGAGAUCAUGAACCGCCUCUAUCGAUACGCUGCUGAGUUUCUAACUUCGUGGGAGAAUCACAGAUUGGAAUCUGCCUACCAGAAUCAUCUAAUUCUGAAAGUUUUAGUGUUCAACUUUCUGAAUUGCUUUGCCUCCCUCUUCUACAUCGCCUUUGUCUUGAGGGAUAUGAAGCUGUUGCGUCAGAGUCUGGCCACUCUCCUGAUUACCUCCCAGAUCCUUAACCAAAUUAUGGAGUCUCUUCUUCCUUACUGGCUCCAAAGGAAGCACCACGUGCAGGUGAAGAGGAAGGUGCAGGCUUUAAAAGCGGACAUCGAUGCUACAUUGUACGAACAGGUUGUCCUGGAGAAAGAAAUGGGAACCUAUCUGGGUACCUUUGAUGAUUACUUGGAGUUAUUUCUUCAGUUCGGUUAUGUGAGCCUUUUCUCCUGCGUCUACCCAUUAGCAGCUGCCUUUGCUGUGUUAAAUAACUUCACUGAAGUUAAUUCGGAUGCCUUAAAAAUGUGCAGGGUCUUGAAACGUCCAUUCUCAGAACCUUCAGCCAAUAUUGGUGUCUGGCAGUUGGCUUUUGAAACAAUGAGUGUUAUAUCUGUGGUCACUAACUGUGCUCUAAUUGGAAUGUCACCGCAAGUGAAUGCCCUCUUUCCAGAGUCAAAAUUGGACCUCGUUUUGAUUGUGGUAGCCGUGGAGCUUUUCCUCAUGGAGUCCUACAGUUACAAGAACUUUGAAGAAGUGAGAAGACUAACACUGAAUUACCUUUUCCUUGGACAUAGGAAAAAGAGGAAAGUUCAGCCAGCAAAGUUUUUCACAGCAAUGCUGUUUGCAAAAAAAUAUAUUCUGUGGUCUUGCAAACUCAUCUGUUUGCCAAGUCAUAUGAUACUGGCUUAAAACCAUGAUGAUCCCCACUGAUUUCUGUCCUGUUUCCAUGAGUGCUGAAAAGGUAAUCAUUGUUCUCCUUUGUGCUGGAGAAGCUACAUGAAGCUUCCGAGGAUGAAUGAGCACUUUUUGUAGGAAAAAAACAACCCAGUGGUGGCUGAGUGAAAACCAAAUGUGUGCAUUGGAUUCUACGCAUCGAAGAUCCUCUGGGAUGGCCAGGAAGUUGGACAUCUCGUUGGGAACGGAAGGUCCUCACCUCAGUGGCAGGAUCAUGGGAGUUAAUUUGUUUAUCCAUCUAACUAAGUUGGAGUCCCUCGAGGGCAUCUGUUUUGUGAAUUUGGUGUAUGUAUUGUCAGUUGAAGAGGUCGUCACACUCCAGCUUUGAGCUUGUCAUCUAAUUAUAACGUGCUCUGUGGAUAUGAUUAUAGAGACUGAUGGAAAAGCAAAAGAGAAGCAGAAGACAAGAGGCACCGUAAACAGGCACAGUGCCAUUUAUUUUGAAGAACCUGUAUUCUGCAGUGUUUUGAGGGAUCUUGCCUAGGUGUAUGAUGGAAUCUUGCGCUUCCCCUCAGCCCACAUCAUACAUCUGCUUUCAAAUGUGUUGAAUAUUUAUGCCUUUAUUUUCAGUUCUAUGCCUAAGCGAAACGUUGCAUUUUUGAAAGACUUUCACAGAAAGACUAUAAACCAGUACUGGUUGAAGCUUGGUCUGCAGACUGCUGUGAAGCCCACAAAGUGUUUGAUACUGGUCAACAGUGAAAUUAGUACAGAGGCAGGGUAGAAGCGUUUAGAAAUGUCUCAGAAAGUUUGACAUUGCUGCGACAUUUAAGCAUGUGGUCGGCGGUCUCAUGUUGUUGAACGAGGUAGAGGCCAAGUAGAGUAGAAUGCAGCUUGCAUGGUGAGCUGUGUGUUGUGCAAGCUCAUUUCGCUACAUGCGGGGUGUGUAUGCGUCUGCUCUGACUGCGUAACAAAAUACCACGGACCGGGUAGCUGUUUAAAUAACAGAAAUUAGAUCUCACAGUUCUGGAGGCUGGAAGCUCAAGAUCCAGGGUGUCAGCAGGGUAGAUUCCAUUCUGAGGCCCCGUCCCUUGGCUGUUAGGUGGCCGCCAUCUUGCGAUGUUCUCACAUGACCUCUUCUUUGUGUGUGCGUUCAAAGGAAGGGAGAGAGAGAGAGAGACCUCUUUGGGGUCUCUUCCUAUAAGGAGACUAGACUCGUUACAUCAGGGCACCACCCUUAUGGCCUCAUUUAAUCCUACUUAUGCCUUUGUCAGCCCUGUCUUGAAGUUAUAGUCACAGUGGGGGUUAGGGCUUCAACAUAGGAAUUUGGGCAACACACAAUACAGUUCAAGCCCCAGUAGGGCCAUACGUAGGUCCAUAAUGGACAAGGAAUUUAAAACUUUGGUCCUUCACCACAGAUGGUUUGAGAAGCUCUGCUGUAGACAUAAAUGGGGCUAAUUAACUUAUUUACAAGUCAAUAUUCCUAAUACCAAAACAGGAAACAGUUUGCUCUAGAUUAAAAAUGUUUGAAUAUUUUUGAAGUUUACGUAUCUCGAUUUCCUAUGAAGUUGUUUGUGUGAAAUGUUGACCCUUUGGAAGAGAUUAGAUUAAAAUCUGGAAAAGAUGUCUUGAGUCGUUAAUUCCUGAAGAGGCCUGGGCUUAAGCUUGAUGUAAUUACCGUGCAGUAGCUCCUCUUGUAGAGGGGCUGUCUUGUCCGUGCAGUGGACUCAUACAUCCGCGCCUCUGUCUGCUGGCUCUGGCCUCUGGCUGCCUGAGGACACCGCCCCGUGGACGUUCAGUAGGCACCACCAUGGCGGCACUCAGAAGAGAGCACAGUGGCCUCCCGGGACUCCACCCUCGUGCUGCCUUCUUUCUCUGAUUUCCUGUUGCAGCAAAUGGUUUCACUGUCUUCAUGGCAACUCCCUUUGAAACCACGGGCCAUUUUUGCUUUCCUCUUUUCCUUUAGAGCUUCCUUUUGUCUCCCACCUGCUGAUCCUGCCUCUAGAAUGCCUCCUCCUUCAACCUCCUUUCGGAGGUGCCAUCCACCUUCAGGGCCACUGUUGUCAUGCCUCAUUGGCGAGUGCCUGACUGCUCUCCUUGACUCCAGUUUCUUCCUCUGCCAUCUGUUGUUUGUGACGCACAGUUGUGACCAUCUCAUUUGUGAUCGGAAAAACCUUUGGUUAUUCCCCUUUUCAUGACAUAAAGACCAGCAUCCUUAGCAAGGGACUUAAGAUCCUCUGUGAUCUGUCUCUUAGCUGUCUUUCCUCCCCUCCUCCUCCCACCACCCCUCCUUUCACGGACACCUCAGUGUUUGUGUCUUCCUGCUUUGGUGUCUGCCUGGAGUUUCCUUAGUCCUCGAAUUUUCUCCCAUCCAGUUGCUGCUGUCAGAGGACCCCUUGUCCUCCAAGGACCAGUUUAGACGUCACCUUUCCCUGGUCUCCCCAUUUAGGAUUAAUGAUUAAUUAAUGUGCUUCCAUAAUGUGUUCUGGUAUCAUAAUAGUGUUUCCCACAUAGUCUCUCUUCUUUGACGUGUGUGUGUGUGUGUGUGUGUGUGUAUUUUUUUUUUAACAUCCUUCUCCUAUUUGUGCCUAUAUAUUUUAACUAUGCUUCUUUUAAGCAGCAUAUGGUUAGGAGUUACUGUUGUAACUAGUCUGACAAUCUCUGCCUUUUAAUUAGGAUGUUAUAGCAUUUAUAUUUAACUUGGUUAUUGAUAUGGUUAGAUUUAAGUCUAUCAUCUUGCUGUCUGUUCCCUUUUCUGCCUUCUAAUGAAUUCUUAGAGGUUUGUGUGUAUGUGUGUGAGUCUAUAUUUUUUCUCCUUUUUGGAAUUAAUAGCUACAAUUCUGUUUAUGGCCGUGAUUGCUUUAAGGUUGAUAUUAUACAUCUUUAUUUUAUUACAGCCUGUCGUCAAGAGAUACUAUGUCACUUCAUGUACAGUAUGAGAACCAUACAAUAGUAUGUUUAUACUUCUGUUUAUCUCUUCCUUCAUAAUUAUGUCCCAGUAUUGAAUCAGGACCCUCUGAAUACUCUAUCUGAUGACCCAUGAGUUAGGUUUUCCAGUCUGGCUGGUGGGAGCAGACACUUUCUCAGCCCUGUGUGAGCACCAGGCACACUGUUCCCUCCAGUCCAUUCAGAUGCUCCCUUCCCAGACUUCAGGUCGCUUCCUCAGACGUGCGGCUCAGGGACACCAUCUGCAGACCUCCUCAUCUGGCACACAUUUGGUGUCGUGUUUUCCCUGGACUCUCGCUGCAGCUCAGGGAGCCUGCUGGGCACAACCUUACCGUCUCUCCCCUUGCUGAGCCCUGGAGACUUUCUGUAGGCAGCAAGCUAGAGUGACCGGAUGCCCACCUUGUUUCCUGUGUCUCAGGGAUCAUAGUCCUUCAUUGCUCAACGUCCCGUGUCUUGAAGACUAUUGUUUCAUAAAAUUUUGGCUGUUGUUAUGUUGGGUGGGAGGGUUAUUUCGUCUUGGCGGACGUGGAAGUUGCCCCUCGGGGUAUUUUUAAUCAGUAGGAACAUAAUAUUUUCUAAUACAGUUAAUUAUGUAGGAAUGAAAAUAAAACCCUUUCCAUUUCCACAAAGGGCACUUCUGUCUUUCUAAUCGCCAAGGCCAAAAUCCAGGGAGUCCCUCCUUGACUCAUCUCACUGCAGCCCUAAAUCCAAACGUCUUGUUCACUUUAAAGUAUAUCCAGAAUCUGACUGCUACUCACCACUUGUCCUGUUGGCAUUGUGGUCCCAUCACGAUGACUGACUCUGGCCAAAUUCCCGAACCUCUUUGUACCUCUCUUCCUCACCUGUAAGAUAACGUGUGAUGACAGUACCUACUUCAUAUCAUUGUCAUGAAAAGAAGCAAGCAGGUGUUUUUAAAGUGCUUAGAGCGGUGGCUGGUGUUGAUUCAAUGACAAGUGGCAGACCUGGUUCUCUCUUGGCCGGCUCCUGAGAUGUCCAUCUUCCCCCGCCUCUGCUUUUCUCGUGCGCCCAGAGCCGCGUUCCGUGCUGGAAAGUACAAAGCAAUGAGAGGGCACGGGUGGGGGUCUUCCCAUUGUUGUCAGAAACCGACCUCUGUGCUCUGGACAUGUGUAACGGGAAGGCAGAUGCAAAGAAGGAAGAUGGAUCACUACUUUGCCGGCGCGGGAGGCUGCAGCAGGCCAAGGGCUCCGAUACGGCAAGCCCUCCCGGCGUGAAAGGCCAGAGGGGUUUUACAGGAGAACACGGGACCUGGGCAGUCUCCGUAGGCACGGGCCACGUGCUGCCACGUCCUGAAGGUGGUCUCGCGCCUGGCACUGAUGGUGGCCAUCCAAGCCUCGCUAAUAAGCAUACGUUGAGGCCAGCGAGAUGUCAGUAUGGGUACAGAGUUCCCGGCACGAAGGGUCCUACAGAAAAACAGGUGAAGGUGGGGAGGGAGGCUUCAAGAAUGAGGAGGGAAAUAUUUGUUCAGUUUGAGGUCCAGCCUGGCUGGAGUACUGGUGGGUCCCUCUUCAUUUCCGUCCGUCUUUGUGUUGCUGUAGCGGAUUCACCGUCGGGGGCCCCAGCCCUCCUCACGCUCCCACUCCAGCCGUCCUCUAGGGAAGGCACCGUCGGAGCCCGUGGCCUCUGAGUUUCCGUGGCAAGAGCGUGUGCUGCCGUACAGCUUAGCCCUCGUGCUGUGGACCUCACUGUCGCGUGCCUGUACCAUCCAGGAAAGCACCCGGGAGGGGCAGUGCCCUGAUGCCUGCAGGCACAGGUUUAAGCUCACAGUGCAGAGCCCCCCUACUCGGGGAGUGGUGUCUGAGUACCAGACCUUUUCUCCCGCUGCGGAAGCCUACAGGCCCCGUUCUUGUGGGACUACGGAUACAGGCCGCCCUGAUCCUCUCCGGUGUCAGGGCCCAUUCGGGACACACAUCCUAAGACUGAACGUGGGAGGCCACGGGGGCAGCCCAGAAAUGAA